CACGCAUUCUCCUGUUUCAUGCGCGGUGCUGUGCUGGAAAUGGCUGUGUAGGGAGCUGAGAGUUAUGUGCGGCAAAAGAAAGAAAGGGAGAAAGAAAGAAAGCGGAUUGGGAGUGAACCGGGCAAGUGGAAGACUUUAAAGCAUUGAGGGAGAGAAACGGUGAAGGAUAAGGAAAUUAGCUGUCUACAUUUCGAAGUGUUGAACAGUUAAAGUGCCGCAACAGCGAGAUUUGGAAGAAAUAUCUGCGGGUUGUCACUGUCCAGAAUGUGAGGAGCCUGAGAAAAUCAACGACUGUUGGACUGUCCUACUUUGCCUCAACCCCCACAGACGAGAGGUUGACUGAAGAGACCAACACUGGGCCUCAGUUAGGUUUCGAGCUGUCUAGCUUGUUUUUGCUGCUUGAAGGAGCAUGUUGCCAACGCUGUCCCUCUGCUCCAUCAUUUGGUUAAACCGGGGUAUCAAGCUGAGGAAAGUGCUCCUCUGCGCCAACACCGGCCAGCUCUAAGACAGGAGCACCCUACCUACCUUGCUGUAUAGACUCGGCCAUUUCAGCAAUGCUUCUAAGCUUCAGUUGAUAGUUCUUUGGCCCUAAACGACCACUACUCCAAGCAAAAUCAUCAUCAUCAUCAUCAUCAUUUCCUGGUUGCCGUAGCAUUGUGCCGAUUUUCGCAUCCUCUCUGCGUCUUCGGCAGCUUUUAUCGGUUUCUUAAAAUGGCGGUCGAUGGUUUCCAGUAUCGUGCCCUCUACAUCUACACCAAGGACUUGGAGGAGGACAUUGACCUGCAGCCCGGGGAUAUUCUGACUGUCAGCAAGGCCUCCCUGGGCUUCAAGGAGUGCCAUGAAGAGCGUCCUGAGCUCCUGGGCUGGCUGCUGGGCUUCAACGAACGCACUAAGCAGAGGGGGGACUUCCCGGGGACAUAUGUCCAGUUUGUGGGCCCUGUGAGGAUGGCACCGCCGCCCAGUCAGCCUCGCUCCCAAAGACCCCUCCCAGCAGUCCCGGGGCCUGAGCCACAACAAGAUGUUUCUCUUCUGGAUUUGACCGAGCAGUUCACACUGCCAGAAACUGCUCCCCACACCCUGGUGAACCUAGUAGAGGCCAUUGAGAAGAAAGGUCUGGACUGCAAGACACUGUACAGGACACCUGUGGUAUCCUCCAACUCGGAGAGCCCAACACAGAGCUGGAGUGGUGAGGUGGAGUCGGGUAGUGACGUGGGCGCCUUGUCGGAGUGUGUGGUCCGCUACCUGAGGGAGCUGCCGUCCCCCGUCAUCCCCCCUGGUGUUUACCCAGACCUGCAGGCUGCGCUGCAGCACGGCGCCACGGACUUGGCAGCAAGCAGCAGUGGAGGCAGGGAGCUGAGCCUGGUCCUGGAGAGGGCCACUAGUGUGCCCCUGCACCAUCGCCUCACUCUGCAGUACCUACUCACACACCUGGGCAAGGUGGGCCAGGGCUCCCAGCUCAACGGCCUGGACCCUCACACCCUGGGCCUGGUCUUUGGGCCGCUGCUGAUCCGGCCCAGCUAUGCUACUGGGUGGGAGGUGGGGGAGGAGUUCCCUGCACUAGCGCUGGAGAGGCUGCUGAUGGAGAGGGCCAUGGGACAGGAUGUCCCGCCCCCUGCUCUACCAGUCAAGCCAAUGAAGGCCAAAACCACGACUCCAGCCAUGACUGAGACUCACAUACUGAGUGAUUCCGAGUGGUACUGGGGGGAAAUCUCCAGGGAGGAGGUGAACGAGAAGAUGAGAGACACCCCUGACGGGACGUUCAUGGUCCGCGAUGCCUCCAGCAAACUGGAAAGAGAGUACACACUGACCCUCAGGAAAGGAGGCAACAACAAGCUGAUAAAGAUCUGCCACCGGGGCGGUUGCUAUGGCUUCUCCGAGCCGCUCACCUUCACCACGGUGGUGGAGCUCAUCAACCACUACCGCCACGAUUCCCUGGCCCAGUACAACGCUAAGCUAGACACCCGACUCCUCUACCCCGUCUCCAAAUACCAACAGGAGCAGUUGGUGAAAGAGGACAGCAUUGAGGCGGUGGGCGAGCAGCUGAAGGUGUACCACGAGCAGUACCAGGAGAAGAGCCGGGAGUACGACGUGCUCUACGAGGAGUACACACGCACCUCACAGGAGCUCCAGAUGAAGCGCACGGCUAUCGAGGCCUUUGGCGAAACCAUCAAGAUCUUCGAGGAGCAGUGUGAGACUCAGGAGCGCUACAGCAAAGAGUCCAUCGAGAAGUUCCUACGCGAAGGCAACGACAAGGAGAUCCAGAAGAUCCAGAGCAACUCGGAGCGUCUGAAGUCUAGGGUGACGGAGAUCCACGACAGCAAGAGAAAGCUGGAGCAGGAUCUGAAGCAGCAGGCCACUGAUAACCGAGAGAUUGACAAGAGGAUGAACAGCCUGAAGCCGGACCUCAUUCAGCUAAGGAAGAUCAGGGACCAGUACCUGGUAUGGUUGACACAGAAGGGGACGAGGCAGAAGAGUAUAAAUGAGUGGCUGGGCAUAAAGAACGAGGCAGAAGACUCAUACUCGCUGGUGGAGGAGGAUGAGGGCUCGCCCCACCACGACGAGUGCACAUGGUACGUGGGCGACAUCAAGCGCACCCAGGCAGAGGAGCUGCUUAGGGACAAGUGUGACGGCACCUUCCUCAUCCGAGAGAGCCAGACGCAGAAGGGCUCCUACGCUUGCUCCGUGGUUGUGGACGGCGACGCCAAACACUGCGUCAUCUACAAGACGGAUAAAGGCUACGGCUUCGCCGAACCUUACAACCUCUACGGCUCCCUGAAGGACCUGGUGCUCCACUACAAGCAAGAGUCCCUGGUCCAACACAACGACCAGCUGAAUGUAACCCUGGCCUACCCAGUCCUCACCCAGACCCUGCCGCAGCACCCUAGAUGAAGGGCAGUGUGACACAACGACCAGCACUUCCAAAGCAUGGGGGGGGGGAGCACACUCAUUACGUACCACAGUACCAGCCGCAGUAAACAUGAGACGAAAACCCUGUUUGUAGACUGAAAACAACAUAAGCACACCGUUAUGAUGGAAGCUUUCAGACCAUAGUUAGAAGAGCAAGAAGGAGCGAGAGUAGAGGGGAGAGAGUCGGGGAACUGGAGGUUAAAGAUACUGGAUGGAGCUCAGAUUUUUUUUUUUUUUUUGCCUUGGCACCCACUUACCCUUCUAGGCAAAGGCCUGAGCUGUCAUCCCCAGUAAGGACUUGGCUAACCUGGCUGCUCACCACACUGCACUUCACAACAACGAGAUCUAAGAGACAGAGGGGGGCAAUCCAGCUUUCAGAUACAUGGUCCUGGAAAGGUGGGGUGAAGUGGCUGGACAAACCAGUUACUUUCUAUUAAAAGCUUGCUUAAGUACCAUAGAAAGAGCCUUGAUUGACCACAAGCCUGUGUUGGGAAAGAGGGGAACUAUGUAGGGUGGGAUGCUGGGGUAGGGAGAGGGGGGCAUGACAGAAAGCUUUAGAAAAAUAUAUUUUUAAAAGUUCAAUUUACUUGUCUCCUCCAGUUUGUUGUAAGAUCAACAUUCUUUAUAAAAAUAGACAUGGUAUAUUUGUUGUAUUGUGAAUAGAUAGAUAUUCACAAUAGAUCAAAUAUAUAUAUAUAUAUAUAUAUAUAUCCCUUUCCGUUUCCAUUUAAUCAUGGGUAGUGGAGAAAUCCCUGCAAGCUCGUUUCUUAUUUCAAAUGUUCUCUUCAAGUGCUUUCUUUUAUACUGUAGCCUAUAGCCAUGAUGGACUAAGGUAUUACUGUUAGAAAUGAGAACAUCUCAAGAAUACUAUGCUAAUACACUCGCAGAUCAUCGACCUAUCAGAUCUUAACUCUCAGUAGUGAAUGGCUUAGUCUCUAGGAAGCCUAUGCAGUGUUCUUUUCACAAGCGCUUGCUUUUAUGUCGCAGCGUCACUACUACUCACGGUACUUCCUCUUUUGAGCUUGACUGUUGUUUUUAUUUGACACGAGCUUGAUUCACAGAGCUGUAGAACGUUGUUGUACAAAAUGAAAAAAAAAAAUUGGUCGUUUA